GCCAAUGUUAUCCCUUUACCAAAAAAUAAGACUAUCGAAGAAUUUAAUAAAGAUCUACUGUCGAUUUCUCUUACGCCUGCGUUAUCAAAAAUUGCUGAAGAGUAUGUUGUACAAGAACAUGUAAAACCUGCCGUUUUGAAACAUAUAAGACCAGACCAAUACGGUAGUGUUCCCUUUUCAUCCACCAAACAUGCCCUAAUAUACCUACUACUAGCUACUGACGUUACGGGUUCAGAAGUGAGAGUAAUAUUGAUGGAUUACAAAAAAGCGUUCGAUCUAACAGAUCACAAUUUGCUGAUGUGUAAAUUGGAAAGCUAUGGAAUAAAUCCCUAUAUUUUAAAUUGGAUUCACGACUUUUUAAGUGACCGCAAGCAAAGAGUUAAAUUGGAGAAUGAUAUCUUCUCAAGUUGGGAAGAGGUAUCAACGGGCGUUCCUCAAGGCUCCAAAUUAGGACCUUGGUUAUCCUUAGUGAUGAUUAAUGAUCUAAAAAUUGAAUCAUCAGACGGAAAUGCAAUCUUCGUCGAUGAUACAGCAUCUUUCGAAAUUGUGGAUAAACAAGG